CAAUAUUGACAAUAUUCUCAUAGUGGGGACCAGUUGUAUGUGUGUGUGUGAGAUUGGUGGGUGUGUGGGUGUGACGUCCCUGUCAUUUGUGUCAGUUGUCAAGCUCAGUUUCAACUAAUUUGUAACAAUGAUUUACAUGAAGGAAUUGGAACAGGAGCCAUUUGAUCCGGAAGCCUUUGUCGAAAAAUUGGCAAAAAGGACCAUGCAAGUUUCAUUCAAAGAUAGUGAUAAAGAUCAAUUGGAUCCAAUCGCACUUCAGGAAACAUUUCUUCAGGCUAUAAAAGAUUUACAAAUGCUCCAAGAGCGACAGUACCGAAAAUGUGCUCGACUAGAGCAGCAAUGCCAAGAAGAAGAGCAUGGGCAUUGGCAAGAAGUUGCUCAGCUCCAAGACAAGAACAAGGCUGCUGUAGGGAUGUUCCAAGAAUUGGACGAAAGGAUCAAUUAUGUAGCCACUAAGGUUAUUCAUCUUGGAGAUCAGUUGGAGAGUGUGAACACGCCCCGUUCUAGAGCUGUUGAAGCGCAGAGGCUUAUGUCACAUUUUGCUGAAUUCUUGUCUUCUGGGCCGAUCACAUUGGAUGUAUUAUUAAAUAAAUCACAGAUUGAUGAGGCAGCUGACAUCAUUCAGAAACUUCAUCUUAUUGCACAAGAACUACCCUCAGAUAAGUUUGAAGGAGCAAAGAAGAAAAUAGCAUCAAAGUAUGACGAAAUAGAGAAACUGCUCAUUGAAGCUUUUGUGACUGCUCAUAUGCAAGAGGAUACUGCUCGAAUGAAAGAAAUUGCUGCCAUUCUGUCACACUUUAAGGGCUAUACACAAUGUAUUGAUGCAUUCAUUGAACAAAGUCAAAUGAGCACUCUUGAAGGAAAAAAUGUUUUUAGGGAUGUUAUUCCUCUAUGUAGAAAAAACUAUGAAAUCAUGAAAGAAGUUUUCCUUAACCCAGAGCAAGUCAUGGCAAAAUUCAUACUGAACAUUUAUCAUGGCAAACUUCAGACGCACAUUGUUACUAUACUAUCAGACAAAAAAGAUACUAACUUAUAUCUCGAGAAUCUAUAUGAUUUAUAUUCCAGAACUGUUCAGCUCUCUAAUGAUUUAAUGAUGUUUGACAUGGGUAAUGAUGAAAUGUUUCUAUCAAAGCUGACUCAGAACAUUUUCCAGAAAUAUUUGGAGAACUACAUUGGAAUGGAGCUAAGAAAUUUAAAGGAGUGUAGUGUUGCAUCAAUCCAAAAAUUUUAUGACAGCAAGAGCCAUCACAAGCGGCAAAUUCAAACUGGAGGAUUUCAGGAUUUACGCCGAGACUUACAGGCUGUCAUUGGAACACGGACCAACAUAAAUAUUGCUCAGAUAGAUGACUAUGGAGGAGAAACAUUUUUAUCAAUGGAGGUGGCAAAAUUAUUGCUUCAAACAGGAAAGCAGGCCUUCAAACGUUGCACUGUUCUUUCAAAGCAAACUGAUCAGGCAGCACAUGCACAACUCAUAUUUGAUGUUCUUCUCAAUCAACUUUUGGCUGAAUACGUUGAUUAUGCUUUAGAGUUGGGUCUGCAAGCAGUGCCAAUACCAGAGACUAAAGUCCAGCCCCAAUUGUACUUUCUGCAAGUGGCGAGUCAGACCAAUGAAAUUGUUCAUUAUCUUGACAUGGAAACAUUACACAGCUUACUGCCGAUUAUAGUAUCUACUCCAAAACAUACUGAAUGUUUGAACAAAAAGCGACAAAUGUUAGAGCAGAUUGAAACCAAAUUAGAUACAGGACUAGACAGAAUAUUAAGUGCAAUUGUUGGAUGGGUCAAAAUUUAUCUCCAAACAGAACAGAAAAAAUCAGAUUUUAAACCAGAAGCUGAUCUUGAUACAAUGGCUUCACCGGCAUGUUUGGCUGUUGUCCAAUAUAUAAGCAAUACCAUAAAGCGAAUUAAAUCAUGCUUGGAUGGAAAAAAUGCUGAAAGUGUUCUAUUGGAAUUGGGUAUACGUCUUCACAGAGUUAUUUAUGAACACCUGCAACAGUUCCAAUUUAAUUCUGUUGGUGCCAUGAUUGCUAUCAUGGAUGUUAAUGAAUAUCGAAAGUGUGUUAAAGAUCUAAACAUCCCAUUGGUUAAUACCUUGUUUGACACAUUGCAUGCUUUGUGCAAUCUGUUAUUAGUCAAGCCAGAAAACCUGAAGCAAGUGUGUUCUGGUGAAACUUUGGCUGGUCUAGACAACUCCAUUUUGGUGAACUUCAUCCAGCUUCGCACAGAUUACAAGACACAGAAAUUGGCAGCAUCACUCAAAGGACUGACAACAUAAGCUGUAUUCUGUUGAGUUUGAGAAAUUACUUUGUUAUUCUGUUAGAAAUUUGAGCAAUAAAAUAAAUGGCUGUUACUGUA